AGCACCAAAACAGUAAUGAUAUGGGUGUUUUUGUUUUUGGUUUUUCUGGUCCAAGUCACUAUUUCUAAGUUGAAUCAGGUGCAUUGAAUUCCCCCCGUUGCUUUGAAAUUCAAGCGGUCGUUAGGUUAGGCAGCCGGAAAAAUUCAUAAACGUUUGCUGCUGGAUAACCAUAUCCCAAUGCAGACUUCCACCCUACGACCCUGAAAGUUUAGCUCUUUUUUACUUGGCUUCGAUAUAAUACAUAUAUAUAUAUAUAUAUAUAUAUAUAUAUAUGCAUGCACAUUGGAAUUUUAGCGACAGCUUUAUCACGGGUUGGAGCUGAAUGCACAGUGCAUUUAAUACGCACACCCCAUCCCUUUAAUUUUUUUCUCACAUUCCUAAAAUAAGGCUAUGUUUUAACGUGUCUCUCUAUGAAUAUACAUUGGUACGAUGUAAUCUGGUUUGAGAUUCCGUUCCUCAACGGUUUAAUAAAAUCCCAUGUAGCUUCUUUUGGUAGUUUGUAGUCUAGUAAAUAUAUCUUGAGGGAGUUUUGGGAAAGGUCAAGAGUUUUGUUCGAUCUUCUUCAUACUUAGUUGUUUUAAUGGUUGAUGUUGACCAUUUUUCUUCUUCAGUCAUAUUCAUUCACAAUGCUUACUGUAUUUGCAUGAAAGCUUUCAAUUUACAUAUCCUUUUUUAUUGGCUUUCCAACUGAGUUUUCAUGACCUGUUUUAGUCACUACAUUCUUCAAUAGUUUCUCUUGCCUCUUAUAGGUUGUUAGUUGCAGUUAGAGGAUAAGGCCGCGCUCAAAUUGCCCAACAAGUUUACAACCGAAAGAUCUCAUCUAUAAAUAGAUUUAUGAUAUCUGUAUUGCUUGUAAUGGGUUUCGUGUUGGAUAACCAAAUCAUUGCUCGGAUCAUGCCGGGCAUAUUGACAGUCUCUAUCCUGGUUGGGAUCUGCUUUGCGAAGGCUGUUCCUGCUAAUUUUGUUUUUGGGGAUUCCUUGGUUGAGGCUGGGAACAAUAACUACAUUCCAACACUCUCCAGGGCUAAUAUUAUUCCCAAUGGGAUUGAUUUUGGAAUGCCUACGGGAAGAUUCACAAAUGGAAGAACAAUUGCCGACAUCAUAGGUCAGGAAUUGGGUUUCAGAGACUUCACUCCUCCCUACUUGGCUCCCACUACAACAGGAUCUGUGGUUCUGCAGGGUGUCAAUUAUGCUUCAGGCGGGGGUGGUAUUCUUAAUCAGACUGGAAAGAUCUUUGGCGGUGGAAUCAACAUGGACGCACAGCUAGAUGAUUUUGCAAAUACCAGGCAAGAUAUAAUAGGGAGCAUCGGUGCUCCUGCGGCCCUGAACUUGUUUGGAACAGCUCUCUUCUCAGUCACAAUUGGCUCGAACGAUUUCAUCAAUAACUACCUAACACCAGUCAUUUCAACUGCUGAGCAGAAGCUGGUCCCUCCAGAAGUGUUUGUUGGCACCAUGAUUUCCAGAUACAGACUACAACUAACGAGACUCUAUGAUUUGGGAGCUAGAAAGAUUGUUGUGGCAAAUGUAGGACCUAUUGGGUGUAUACCAUAUCAGAGAGAUCUAAAUCCAACUGCAGGAGACAAUUGUGUCGAUUUUCCAAACCAUUUAGCUCAAUCAUUUAAUGCACAGCUGAAAAGCCUUAUCACAGACCUCAGCACAAAUCUUCUGGGAUCCAAAUUUGUCUAUGCAGAUGUCUACCACAUUGUAGCUGAUAUCCUUCAAAACUUCAUAUCAUAUGAUUUUGAGAAUGCCAAUUUCGCAUGCUGCAAUUUUAGUGGGAGAUAUGGGGGCUUGGUCCCAUGUGGUCCCUCAUCACAAGUUUGUACGGAUAGAUCAAAGUAUGUGUUCUGGGAUCCAUACCAUCCUACUGAUGCUGCCAAUGUCAUCAUUGCCAUGCGUCUCAUGGAUGGUGAUUCUAAUGACAUAACUCCGAUGAAUAUUAGGCAACUGGCAGAAUUGUGAUCUAAUGACUUAUUGGGACGGAUUCAGAGGAUAAUUGAGCAAGAUUUAGCAGGAGAUUUUGUACUGUUUGAAUGACAAUAAAAGGGCCAUCCUUUAUAGAAAUUUAUCAUAGUCGAAGUACCCCCAAGAAUAGUGAUUACCAAGCUUAUUAUAUCCAACACACAUCUUUCUCUGUUUCAAGUGGAAGUACAUGUUUGCCAUGGUUGUGUAGUUUUGGGC